AUGGCGAAACACGCAAAUCCUGUUGUAGCUUCACAACUUUUGCAAAGUAAUCUGAACGAUGUCAACGCAUGGCUAGACAUUUGGCACAUUGAAGCUAACGAUAACAAAUCAGUUCAAACUACUUUUACACUCCGCCACGGUACCUGCCCUUCCGGUAGACUGAAUGGCCGUGAAUUGCCGCAAGCUGAAAACGCCAAAUAUCUAGGUAUAUUUAUGAUGGAAUUCGUGGACUUAAAGUCAAAACGAAUAAGCAAGGAGCAGAAACAAGUGCUGGUCCAGCAUAUGGAAGAGCAUAAAGAUUUCGCUCAUGACAGAUUUGUGUCAGAUCAUGGUGCGCGAAGUCUUAAUGAACAGUGGAGCUCUCUAGCUGCUAUUUUAAAUGCCGUUGGUGGAGCAGUUAAAGAUGCCAAUGGUUGGAAGAAGGCAUGGGUCAACAUGAAAUCCAAAAGCAAGAAGAAAGUACAGGACUAUAAACAUGCAAUGGGACUGACUGGAAAUGCGUCCGUUGGCAUUAAGGAUUUAACUGAUCUAGAUGAACGGAUUAUUGCAGUAAUGCAUCCAGUAGCGGUGCAAGGCACGGAAGAUGUCUGCGAGCCAGCAAUGCACUUUGAAAGUGACAUUUCAGGUUGUUAUGAUUUAGAGUGCCUUGACGAGGGAAAGGAACUUUCAAGCGGUUCAGGUCCAUCUGUUGGGGGUAACGAUGAGGGUUGUGUGCCUAUUCGACUUAUUCGUCCAGCCAAGCAACGAAAGUGA